AUGGAUGGGGGCGGUUCUACUUUUGAUCUCACUGCACCAGUGUAAUUGAUGCAGCCAAAAAUAAACGUUUAGAAAUAACAAGAACAAACAAUCAAUAAGGGAUAGAAAGAUUUACAGCCAUAAAAGACUUAAAAUUCAACCUCAAAGCUUCCCUAAUUAAACAAUAAUCAGAAUGCUUCGAAAAGUGUGAAUCAGAAGGCUUAGCACUCUGGACAUCAACAUUCUCCAAAGUCGCUUUAGAAAAUGCUUUAUAGUAGGCAACCACGAAAUUAAUACGUCAUUGAUCACAUUCCAUCCUUAGCUCCUGGGAAGAAGGACAAGGAAAAAGCACAGAAACCCAAACCUUUACAGGAAUCUCAAUAGUAAUAGAUAGAAGAGAUAAAAAAAGAAUACGAGGAUUUGGUGUAAAAUCAUUAUAAAGAUUUAUAUGCUCAUAUUGGAAAUGAACAAUAAAAAAGUUUGCAUGAUUUAUAUAAUAAAAGAAUCUUUACAGCAUUACAAGAUUUAGAAUCAAGGCCAAAAAUAUAGAGCGCCUUGGAAAGAAAAGAGGAAUAAUUGAAUAAAUAGCGAUUGUAUAAGGAUAGAUUGUUGUAUGAAAUCAAACAGAUGAUAAUUAAGAGUCGAAGAAUGGAUGAAUUAUUGAACGAUUUAACAAUUCAGAAUGAUGACACUGAAGUCAAGGAAUCAAUUGAGGAAUUGCUUCAGAAGGAACAGAUGCAAGAGGAGAAGAUGGCCAAACAGACAUACGAAAUAGCUAAACUCAGAGACAUGUUUGGAAAGCGAAGAAAAUUGCUGUUGGAAGUCCAAAAACAAUGUUAGAUUACCUAUGAUGGAUUGAAAAUCAAAUACCAAUAAUAUGAGGCUUCUUCGUAAAGUAUGAUGAGUCGUAAGAAGCAAUUGGAAUCGUUGUCAAAGAUAGUGGCCAAAUAUAGGAGUGAAUUUCAAAAUUAAUAGAACUUUUUUGGAGCAAGUCUUAAAAGGGGAUUUGAUCCCAUGCUUGAGGAAAUCUUGGAAGAUGAAUUAUCGAAAUGUGGUGAUUUUAAGGAGAGAAGAAGAUCAUUGCUAUCAAAGAAGAGAACGAAAAAGAAGAAGAAGGGAGAGUAAAAGGAUAAAGCUAAAUUAGCAAUUGAGAAUGCCACUCAAAACAUCAACAAAUAAAAAAAUGAUAUUCAAUAGGAAUUAGAAAAGAAAAAAUAAAUGUUUCAAAAAUUGAGAGUGGUCACCAGCAUUGCUAAUCAAGAAGAUAUGCAGAAGUACAAACUCAAUAUGGAUUUAGAUUAGUAGGAAUUGAAAAACAUAUAAGAAUAUGUAGGCAAAGAAAUUGAAAGAAUUGAAGGGCUGAAAUCAAGAAAGUUGAAAUAUGAGUAAGAGAACUCUAUUUUGGAUGCUUAAAUCAAUUUGGAUGAACAAGAAAGAGAAGUCACUAAACAAUAGGAUCUACUUUAAGAAAAAGAAAAGUAAGUUAAAAAAGUUGAAAAGUCUAUUGAUGAAGUUACUAUGUCAUUAUCCAGAAUUAUGUAUCAAUUAAGCGGGAAAGGAGUGAAACCCAAGAAUAUCGAAAUUAAGAGACAUGCCUUAGUUGCCACUGCCUCUACUAUACAGUUGAGAUUAGAAAGAAUGCUCACUGUCCUAUCAAAGACUUAGGAAUUUCUGAAUGAGGAAUCCAUCAAUACAAAUCCCAGAUAUAGUAAAGUUGAAGACUUUAUCUGUCUCAAUCCUAAGAGUUACAUCUAUUAAGAGAUCAACGAUAAUCUAGAAACCAAUAUUAAGUUUGUAUACAAGGAAGAGGACAGCUCGGAUGAGGAUGGCAAAGACAUGGAUGAAGUCAGACAACAAGUCAAGGCAAGAGCAUAAGAAGACAAGCCUUCAGUGGUAGUCCCAUCCAAAAAGGAUAAAAAACCUAAGUGA